AUGGAGUCCAGCGCGCCUAACAGCAGCGCUUCGCCUCGCACUUUUGCGAUCAAGCAUCAACGACCAAGAACAAGCUUCGUGGGAUGUUCGCGAAUCACAGAUUACAAACUCCUCGGCAAGCUGGGCGAGGGUACUUUUGGCGAGGUACACCGCGCAGAGUCCUUGAAGACGGGCGCACAGGUCGCACUCAAGAAGAUUAUUAUGCACCACGAGAAGGAUGGGUUCCCCAUCACGGCUCUGCGAGAAAUCAAACUCCUCAAGCUUCUUUCCCACAAGAACGUCCUGGAGCUGGUUGACAUGGCCGUCGAACAUCCUCAAAGAGCCAGUGACAAGCGUAAGAGGCCAAUCAUGUACAUGGCUACGCCCUACAUGGACCACGACUUGUCUGGUCUGCUCGACAACCCGUCAGUCACCUUCACCGAGCCUCAAAUCAAAUGCUACAUGCUGCAGCUCCUAGAAGGACUGCGAUACCUACACGACAACCACAUCCUCCAUCGAGAUAUGAAGGCUGCCAACCUUCUCAUCAACAACAAAGGCAUCCUCCAGAUUGCCGACUUUGGGCUGGCCCGACACUACGAGGGAUCUACACCUACGCCAGGACACGGUGCCGGCGAUGGAAAGAGGGAAUACACCGGGCUAGUCGUUACUCGAUGGUACAGACCUCCGGAAUUGCUGCUUCACCUGAAGAAGUACACGACUGCCAUUGACGUUUGGGGCGUCGGCUGCGUCUUUGGCGAAAUGUUGGUUGGUAAGCCUAUUCUGGCAGGCGAAAGUGACAGCCACCAGCUCGAGAUCAUCUGGGAUCUGGUGGGAUCACCCACUCCCGAGAACAUGCCUUUGUUCAAUACUCUCCCCGGCUCCGAGGCUGUUGCACCGCGCGCGAGGCCCGGCAGCCUUUCCACCAGAUUCAGGGAGUAUGGUUCAGGUGCGAUAUCUCUGCUUAAGGAGCUUCUCAAGCUCGACUGGAGAAGCCGUAUCAACGCCGCGGAUGCUCUCAACCAUCCUUACUUCAAAAUGGCCCCUAUGCCGGCCAAUCCAGACGACCUACCGACCUUCGAAGAUAGUCACGAACUGGACAGGCGUAAGUUCCACGAUCGCAAGGCGGCCCUCCCACCAGCUCCGAAGGGCGGAACAGUGGGCAUAGGGCCGGACGCACAUGGCGCGAACGCCGGGUUCAACAAUGCCGACGCCUACUCGAACCGUAAUGGUGUGAACGGCAAUCGCCAUCCGAACGUUCCUGGAGGCCAUCGGAAUGGCGACGAGCGCAGACCAGCAUGGCAGCGCGAACGUGGAGAGCAGAUAGGCGACCUCGAAGUCGGGGAGGAAGAGGACCGGAUGUGGACACAUACAUUCCGAGCUAUAGGGACGAUGGUCCGCGACACAGGGACGAACGGCCUCCGCGUGACCGUCGCCGUAAUAGUAGAGACGAGCGGUGGCAUGAUCGGGACUGGGACCGUCGGACGAGGAGCCGCAGCCGGUCCCCGAUGA